AUGAUAAAUUUAAAUUUAUUCUUAUUUAGUAUCCUAGGACUGUUUGGUGUUUGUGUCGGUCAAUUCAUACAAAAUGGCCAGUGCGAUCCGAACAUAGCGACCGUCCCGAAUUUCCAAGUUCAACAAUUCCUCGGCAAAUGGUACGAAGUGGCAAGAUCAGACAAUACUUUCCAACGUGGCGAUUGCGCGACUUUGGAGUUCACCGAGCAAAACAAUCAAUUGAAUAUAUACGCUUCAGAUGUUACAAAAAAUUUUCAAACGGAAUUAAGAGGAUCCGUUUCUGUCGAAUCUGGAACGGCCAGAAUGAGACUGAACAUCUCACCGAAUAUAGAUCUCGAUUUUUGGGUACUACUAACGGAUUAUAAUAAUUUUGCUCUGACAUACGCCUGCGAAAAUGUCGGAACGAACCAGAAAAGGAUUUACAUCUGGCACCUGGGAAGGGAGCCCCAAUAUCCAAACGAGAUGAUCCCCGCUCUUAUGAACACAACUGUUUACAAUUUAUUCGCCAUCCACGCUAGUGAACUAGAAAGCGUCAAACAUACAGAGUCCGCUUGCUUUGCUCUGCCUGUAAUUGAACCUAACCAGCCCAUUGUACUGCCUGGUCAAUGCAAUGCUAAUAUUAAUGGUCAACAAAACUUCGAUGUGGCUAACUUCCUAGGUGUUUGGCAUGAGAUCUCCAGCUACUACUCCGAGAGCUCCACCGGUAGCUGUCCCAGAGCGGAAUACACUUUAGGCAAUGGCGUCGUCAAUAUCGUGAACAGCCAAGUCGUCAACCAAGCUCUGGAAACCGUGACCGGUACAGCCACAGUCAUCAGCAACGAUGGAAGUGCCAGAUUACGUGUUCUUUUGAACGUCGCUCCUGGAGUGACGGCGGAACAAGAAUUGCUAGUCUUGGCAACGGAUUACGUGAAUUAUGCUGUUACGUAUUCUUGCACGAAUCUCCCGAACAACCAAAGAAGGAUUUAUAGUUGGAUCGUCAGCAGAGCACGCACUCUCUCAGCCCAGUCCACAGCGCUUGUCAACCAAGUGAUCAACGCCAACAUCGAGCUAAAUCAGCAGUACUACGAGCCGGCAAGGCAAUCUGACGCAGACUGUUUCUACUACCCUCAACCCGCGCAAAACGAACCGGUUAUAUUCAGAGGGCAAUGUGACCUGAACAUUCCGGUCGUCCAAAAUUUCGACGCAAACCGGUACAUGGGUCUAUGGCACGAAAUCGAAUCAUACCCGACGCAAUUCCAAAGUGGAACUUGUAGUAACGCUGUUUACUCAUUAAGAGACGGAAGAGUCGAUGUUUUCAAUACCCAAGUCAUUAAUCAACGUCUUGAUACCAUCAAUGGCGUGGCAACUGUUGCCAGCACCGACGGCAGUGCCAAGCUAACGGUGUCCUUUCCAAUUCCGGGGACAACACAGACUACACAAACUGACUACUGGGUUUUGGAAACUGACUACACUAGCUACUCCCUUGUAUAUUCUUGCACGAACAUCAACAACGAGCACAAAAGAGUUACAGCGUGGAAAUUAAGCCGAAACAAACAACUGUCUGCUGAAGCGAACGCGGUUAUGAACAAUGUCAUCAACAGGAUAAACGUUCUUGACCAAAGAUACUUUGAAGUGACCGACCAGACCCCGACUGGUUGCUUCUACUUCCCCGUAGCUCAGCCUGGCGUGCCCGUCGUUUUCCCUGGACAAUGUGACACGAAUGUUCCAGUGGUCCAAAAUUUCAAUUUGAAUCAGUUCCAAGGGUUGUGGCACGAAAUCGAAGCAUACCCGAAGGACGAACAACCUGGCCAGUGCAUCAACCAUCGAUUCUCGCUUGGGGCCAGCAACACUCUCGCCUUGACUUCAUCUAAUGUGUUCAACCAGUUCUUGGAUACGACCACGGGCACUGUUUCAUUUGCCUCAAAUGACAAUAGCGCCCGUUUGACAAUCACCAUUACAUCAGGUGGUCAAACAAUUACAAUUCCCUACUGGAUUCUGAGCACAGACUACUCUAGCUAUGCUUUGGCUUAUAGUUGUGUCAACAUAGACAGUGAUUUCAGAGGAGUGUGGAGCUGGAAACUGAGCAGAACGAAACAACUAACAGCCACUGCAAACGCGGCUAUUAACAAUGUUAUUGCUACCAAUGUGGUAUUAGAUAAUGUUUACUACGAGCCUAUCGACCAAUCGGACAGGGCGUGUUUCCAUCUGCCCAACUUGGCACCCGGAGAGCCUGUUAUUUUACCAGGCCAAUGUGACCCUAACAUCAACGCGAUCCGAAACUUCGAUACGACGAGAUACUUAGGCCGCUGGCGUUUGAUCGAGAGCUACCAUUCAGAUAAUCAAGGAGGUGAAUGCCAGGAAGCUACGUACUUGGCAGGAUCGGGCGGUGUCGUAACAGUCCACAACACACAAGUUAGAAAUCAAGCUCUCAGUGAAAUAAGAGGAACUGCCACAUUGGCCACCACUGAUGGCAGUGGAAGAUUACUCGUCACAUUCCCUAGCUCAACUGUACCAUUCGAAUACUGGAUUCUUGAUACGGACUACGACAAUUACGCCCUCGUAUACGGAUGCGUGAAUAUUAACAGCCAGCAAAGACGAGUCUGGAGCUGGAAACUGAGUCGUUCCAACACGCUGUCUCAAAGUGCAACGAACGCUAUUAACCAGAUAGUCAACAGCAUUGAUGUUCUAAAUAAUAGGUUCUAUCAGCCGGUGGAUCGUUCUGACGCGGCGUGUUUUUACUACCCCACACCAUCGACGGAACCUGUAGUCUUCCGAGGACAGUGCGAUCAAAACAUUCCAGUGGUGCCAAACUUCGAUGCAAAUGCAUACAUGGGCCUCUGGCACGAUAUCGAGAGAUAUCCAAGCCGAUUCCAAAGUGGCACGUGUAGCAAUGCUCGCUACACGCUGAGCGGUGGGUCCGUCUUAGUACAGAACACACAAGUGAUAAACCAAAGGUUGGACACUGUGAACGGCAAUGCUGUCGUCGCGUCUACAGAUGGAAGCGCCAAACUGAGAGUGUCCUUCCCGAUUGCGGGCACAACACAAACAACACAAACUGAUUAUUGGGUCUUGGCAACCGAUUACACAUCAUAUUCUCUUGUUUACUCAUGCACCAACCUUGAUUCAGAAACCAGACAAGUCAGCAGCUGGAAGUUAAGCAGAACAAAGCAGUUAUCAGCAGCCGCUAACAUCGUCAUCAACAACGUCAUUAAUCCUAUCAAUGUCCUCGACCAAAGAUACUUCAAUCGCAUCGAUCAGAGCACUACAGGCUGCUUCUACUUCCCCCAAGCUCAACCAGGAGUUCCAGUCAUCUUCCCUGGGCAGUGUGAAACGAACAUUCCGGUCGUUUCAAACUUUAAUUUGAAUCAAUUCCAAGGGAUCUGGAACGAGGUCGAAGCCUACCCUAAAGAGCAGCAAACCGGACAGUGCGUCAACCACCGGUUCACAGUCGCCACAGGCAACACUCUAUCAUUGAUUUCUUCGAACGUAAACGGCAAGACACUGAACACAAAUACCGGAACUGUAUCCUUCACGUCUACUGAUGGCAGCGCUCGUCUCUCAAUCUCGAUCAACGUUGACGGUCAAGUCAUAACGAUACCAUAUUGGAUAAUCAGCACGGACUAUACUAACUACGCAUUGGCUUACAGCUGUGUGAACAUCGACAAUGACUUCAGGGGAAUAUGGAGCUGGAAGUUGAGUAGAACAAGACAUUUAUCAACGGCUUCUGCGAAUGCAAUCAACAAUGCCAUUGCACCUAUUGUCGUCUUGAACAAUGACUACUAUGAAAGGAUUGACCAGUCCGACGACGCCUGCUUCCACCUCCCUAACCUGGCGCCUGGCGAGCCCGUCAUCCUGCCAGGACAGUGCGAUCCUAAUAUCGCAGUUGUACGAAACUUUAACACUGCCAGAUAUUUGGGACGCUGGCGUUUGAUUGAGAGUUAUCCGUCGGACAACCAGAGAGGACAAUGCAAUGAAGCCACUUAUACAGCUGGAACUGGUAAUACUGUUGUUGUUCAAAACACACAAGUCACCAACCAAGCUCUAGGUCAAAUAACAGGCUCUGCAGUUCCGGCUACGACCGAUGGUAGCGGCAAGCUACUAGUGACUUUCCCCAGCACUGCUACGCCGUUCGAAUUAUGGAUCUUGGACACUGAUUACGAUUCAUAUUCUCUUGUUUACGGCUGCGUAAAUCUAAAUACCCAACAAAGACGAGUUUGGAGCUGGAAGAUGAGCAGAACGAACACUCUAACCCAAGCUGCAACAACCGCCAUUAAUACAAUUGUGAACCGGAUCAACGUUUUGGACGCCCGGUACUACCAAACUGUGGAUCGUUCUGAUGCCGCAUGCUUCUACUACCCAGAACCGACCGGACAACCAGUCGUAUUCCGUGGACAAUGCGAUACGACGAUUCCCGUUGUACCAAACUUCAAUGCAAAUGCAUACAUGGGACUUUGGCACGAAAUCGAGAGAUACCCAACUCCAUUCCAAGAGGGUACUUGUGCCAAUGCUCGAUACUCUCUAACCGGAGGUACCGUCGAUGUAAUCAAUACCGAAGUUAUCAACCAGAGGCUUGAAUCUAUCAAUGGUUUUGCCGUCUUAGCGACCACUGACGGAAGCGCCAAAUUAAAGGUUACUUUCCCUGUUGCCGGCACCACACAAACAAUCGAAACUGACUACUGGGUUUUGAGUACAGACUACACGUCUUAUUCUCUGGUAUACUCCUGCAGAAACUUGGAUUCGGAAAGGCGACAAGUUAUCAGCUGGAAGCUUAGCAGGACCAAGCAGUUGACUAAUGCUGCAGCAACUACUAUCAGAACCGUUAUGAACAACAUCAACGUAUUGGAUCAACGUUACUUCAGUCAAACCGACCAGACUCCAGCAGGAUGCUUUUACUUCCCUGAACCUCGCCCAGGAGUACAAGUAGAAUUCCCUGGACAGUGCGAAACUACUAUUCCAGUUGUACCCAAUUUCAACAUGGCGCAGUUCCAAGGAAUUUGGCACGAAAUCGAAGCAUACCCCAAAGACGAUCAGCCUGGUCAAUGCGUAAACCACCAAUUCACAUCGGGAACCGGCAACACCCUCAAUUUGGUGUCUUCAAAUGUACUUAAUCAAGCUCUUGGUAUCACGAGAGGAGUCGUCAGUUUUGCUUCCAACGAUUUAGCUGGAAGAUUGACGAUUACAAUCAAUGUGGGAGGCACGAAUAUAAACAUUCCCUACUGGAUCGUGAGCACCGAUUAUAACAACUACGCCUUAGCCUACAGUUGUGUUAACAUCGACAGCGACUACAGAAGAGUUUGGAGUUGGAAACUGAGCAGGACAAAACAACUGACAGCUGCCUCAAAUGCCGCCAUUAACACUGCCAUUGCCAACAUAAACGUAAUCGACAAUAGAUACUUCGAGAACAUGGACCAAAGUGAUCGAGCUUGUUUCUACUUACCGGACCUUGCUCCUGGCGAGCCAGUUGUCUUUGUUGGGCAAUGUGAUCCUAAUAUACCCGUAAUGAGGAACUUCGAUCCCAGCCGAUACACUGGACGCUGGAGGCUGAUCGAAUCCUACCCGUCUAACUUCCAAGAGGGCGCUUGCAAUGAAGCAACUUACACUUUGAACUCCGACAACACUAUUACAGUAUUCAACACCAAAGUACUAAACCAAAACCUCAAUACUAUAACCGGUACAGCUACUUUGGCCGCGGACGGUAGCGCCAAAUUGUUGGUGUCAUUCCCCUCUGCUGCCCAGCCCGCUGAGUACUGGAUUUUGGAUACCGAUUAUGUUUCAUACGCCCUCGUAUACUCAUGCGCGAACCAGGGCAACAACCGAAGAAGGGUUUGGAGUUGGAAACUGGCUCGCGAGAACACACUCCCGCAGGCGGCUGUAACAGCGAUAAAUACAGUGAUUAGUCGCGUGGACGUUUUGGAUCAGCGCUACUACCAGAGAGUGGACAGAUCAGAUACAGCCUGCUUCUAUUUCCCGGUGCCAGGAGGCGAUUCGGUCAUAUUCCGCGGGCAAUGCGAACAGAACAUUCCUGUUGUGACAAGCUUUGACAUGAACAGAUACUUAGGUCUUUGGUACAACAUCGAAUCGUAUCCAACGAGAUUCCAGCCAGGUACUUGCAACAGUGCUUAUUACGGAGCGGGCACCGGCAACACUAUCACCGUCUACAACACUCAGGUGGUCAAUCAACAACUGCAAACUAUUAGCGGUACAGCUGUUCCUACAAGCAAUGAUGGAACUGGACGUUACAGAGUCACAUUCAACAUCGGAGGCAAUGACGUAACUGCUGAUUAUUGGGUAUUAACAACUGACUACUCUUCAUACGCCCUGGUCUAUUCAUGCGCGAACCUCGACAGCGAACGCAGACAAGUGUACAGCUGGAAAUUGAGCAGACAGCCUACCCUCACCGCUGCCGCCAACAAUGCCAUCAAUACCGUUAUCAAUAGCAUCCUAGUGCUGCGCCAAGAUUACUUCAUAGACCGAGGGCACAAUGAGCGCGGCUGUUUCUAUUACCCUGACAAUUUCGGUGGCGACGUCAUUCUUAGAGGGCAGUGUGUUGCCGAAAAUCAAGUUCAGGCCGUUCCGAAUUUCAACCUGAAUGCGUUCUCUGGCACGUGGCAUGAAGUGGCCCGAUUCCCGUCGAACCUGCAAAAUGGCCAGUGUGCAGCAACGGACUACACAGUCCGGAGCCAGAAUUCAUUCAGUGUCGUACAAAGUAUUGUCAGGGCCGAAAGACAAUUCGCAACUUCGAUACCGUCCGCAACAGUACCUGCUAACGGAAGAGGAGUCAUCAGUGCCACGAUUGCGGGAGUUCCAUUCAACAGCAUCUUCGUUCUGGCUACCGACUACACUGAAUAUGCUCUGGUAUACAGUUGCAGAAACAUCGACAGCGCCAGUAAACAAAUCUACAGCUGGAAACUCAGCAGAACACGCGGCGGACUCUCCGCAGCUGCUAACAACGCUAUCAAUACCGCAGUUACAAACAACAUCGACUUAUUCGAAGGCUACUACACCAACACGGAUCAAAGCAACGACGCUUGCUUCCACUACCCAGUAUUUGACCGACCCACGGCUAUAGAGCUACCGGGGCCUUGUGAUGAGCGCAUUCGAGGUGUCGCCAACUUUAACACAGCUGCUUACAUGGGCCGUUGGAUCGAAAUAGCCAGAUACCCACAAACCACACAGCAAGGACAAUGCAACCGCGCUGAAUACACAUUUGGCAAUAACGUCAUCUCCCUAACGAAUAGUCAGGUGCUCAACCAGCGUCUGAACUCUGUCCGUGGUACAGCCGUUGUCAAGUCCACUGAUGGAUCAGGCUUAUUGGAAGUAACAAUCGUCCGUACUAGUGCUACUGUUACUGCAAACUACUACAUUUUGGCAACAGACUACACCAACUACGCUUUGGUAUACAGCUGUAGAAACUUGGCUAAUGGAAACAGAAGAGUCGGCAGCUGGAAACUCAGUAGGACCACGUCGUUGAGCACUCAAGCAAACAACGUCAUGAACGCGGUCAUAACGAACACCCAGGGUCUACUGGAAGACUACUAUCAAUCUACCAGCCAAAGCGAAGACACCUGCUUUUAUGUACCCACACUCAAUCCUACCUCACCCCCUGUAUUUAGAGGACAGUGUGAAAGCAUCACUGGUGUUCAGAACUUCGAUGUCCAGAGGUACCUUGGUUGGUGGCAUGAAAUUGAGCGGUACCCAACUGAGGGCAACGCAGGGGAGUGUAUCAGCUCACAGUACACAGCAUCAGGAAACCAGUACCAAGUUGUAGACACCAGCGUCUCUGGUGGGUCAGCUACUGUUGCCACCGGUACCGUAACAGCCACUAGUGAUGGAAGGCUUCGAAGGACUUUGGCCAAUGGGCGAGUUGAAGACAUUUGGGUGUUGGCUACUGAUUACGAGAAUUACGCUCUCCUGUAUUCUUGCGUCAACGUCGACAGCGAACACAGACGAGUAUGGAGCGCGAAGCACAGCAAAGCUAGACAGCUGACCGAGGCUGCACAAAACGCAAUGACGCCUAUCAUCACCGCUAACAGAGUACUCCACCAGGAGCUCUAUUUAACCGUCGACCAGUCUGACCGAGCCUGCUUCCACUAUCCCGAGCAGACUGGUCAACAGGUCAUCCUGCCUGGACAAUGUGACACCAAUAUACCUGUUGUACAGAACUUCGAUGCUAAUGCGUAUACCGGAACCUGGUACCAGAUUGAGAGGUACAGCCAGAUCCACGAAAGAGGCACGUGUACUGGAGCUCGAUACAUCUUGGACUCUACCACUGGAGUCGUGGACGUCCUCAACUGGGAGGUCAUUGACGGUGUCCUAGACACUAUUAGCGGCACCGCUGUGAUCUCCUCGACUGAUGGAAGCGCAAAAUUGGCAGUCACUUUACCCAUUCGUGGUGGAGAAGGAACCGUGACCACGCCUCUCUACGUUCUCACGACGGAUUACCAGAGCUACUCACUGGCCUAUAGCUGUGUAAACAUCAACAAUUUCCAGAGAGCCGUUGGUGCAUGGAAACUCAGCAGAACCCGAACAAUGCCUGCAGCAGGAACAACGGCUAUCGACGCCUACAUGGCACAAAGAGAAGAACUCCACCAACCUAUAUUCAUUCAGGUGGAACAAAAUGAAAACUGUGAAGAACCGAACUCCGCCUUCUUAGCUAGGAGCAGUAUUUUAGUUAUGAUUGUAUGUGUAAUAUUACAGGUGUUCGCCUAA